AAAGGGAAACUUUUCACAAUGUCCGGAGCCCUUGAUGUCCUGCAAAUGAAGGAGGAGGAUGUCCUCAAAUUCCUUGCAGCAGGAACCCACUUAGGUGGCACCAACCUUGAUUUUCAAAUGGAACAGUACAUCUACAAAAGGAAAAGUGAUGGUAUCUACAUCAUAAAUCUGAAGAGAACCUGGGAGAAGCUUCUGCUGGCAGCUCGUGCCAUUGUUGCCAUUGAAAACCCAGCUGAUGUCAGUGUCAUAUCAUCCAGGAAUACUGGCCAGGGAGCUCACUCAGUGGGUCUGAUGUGGUGGAUGCUGGCCAGGGAAGUUCUGCGCAUGCGUGGCACCAUUUCCCGUGAACACCCAUGGGAGGUCAUGCCUGAUCUCUACUUCUACAGAGAUCCUGAAGAGAUUGAAAAGGAAGAGCAGGCCGCUGCUGAAAAGGCUGUGACCAAGGAGGAAUUUCAGGGUGAAUGGACAGCUCCAGCUCCUGAGUUCACUGCUACUCAGCCUGAAGUCGCAGACUGGUCUGAAGGCGUGCAGGUGCCCUCUGUGCCGAUUCAGCAGUUCCCGACUGAAGACUGGAGCGCCCAGCCGGCCACUGAAGACUGGUCUGCAGCUCCUACUGCUCAGGCCACUGAAUGGGUAGGAACAACCACUGAGUGGUCUUAAGCUGCUCUUCCACAAAGGCA